AGAGUGCACAACACAAUGCUCUGGCCCACCUCCAGUGUUUUGUUCAGUGUGCCAAGUGGAGUCAGUGGUGUCAGGGAUUUUUUUGCUUCACACUUUGCAGUUUUAAAUUGCCAAGGGUUCUUGGUUCUGAAAGACCAAGAAAGUUUUACGAGCUUGAAGGAGGCAAGAACAGAUAUUGCUGAACACAAUCACAUCGUAGCCAUGGGCGAGCGUUCGGCUAUGAAAAGACAUCCAGGGAAGACUGGCAAACAGGCAAAUGGGUCAAGCAUGGACAGCAUAACAGCCACACUCGAGGAAAAGCUAGCAGAAAAGGACGAGAGGGACAAGCUCGUUCUCUGGAGACGACCUGUACAAACACUUCAUUACUUUUUAAGAGAAUGUGGGGUGCUCCUUGUUGAAUAUAUGAUUAAAUUAUGGAACAAUAAGAAGAUAGUAUUAUUUAUUACACUUCUUGUAGGAGGCUACUAUUUAGUUUAUAAAACACCAGGUCCUCAUCAGCCUAUUUUACAAAGAAUAGAAAAAGACUUCUGGUGGUGCUCAUGGUGGGUGUGGCUAGGCAUAUUGUCGUCAGUAGGGUUAGGGACAGGCCUUCACACAUUCUUACUCUACCUGGGACCUCACAUAGCCUCUGUCACUCUUGCGGCGUAUUCCUGCAACUCCGUCAAUUUCCCAUCACCCCCUUACCCUGAUGAUAUAAUAUGUCCUGAUGAAGACAUGCCAGUGAAAGACAUGUCCAUAUUAACAAUUAUGUCUAAAGUACGUCUAGAGGCCUUUAUGUGGGGUGCUGGUACUGCUCUUGGAGAGUUGCCUCCUUAUUUUAUGGCUAGAGGGGCACGCCUUUCGGGAUAUGAUCCUGAUGAUGAGGAAAUGGCCGAGUUUGAAGAACUACAACGAUUAAAAGAACGUCCAGAAGACAUGUCUUUCAUUGACCGUGCCAAACUCUCUGUCGAGAAACUUGUAGAACGAGUUGGAUUUUUCGGCAUUUUGGCUUGUGCUUCGCCAACCCUCUCUUUGACCUGGCUGGUAUCACCUGCGGCCAUUUUCUUGUCCCAUUUUGGACUUUCUUUGGUGCCACCCUUAUUGGCAAGGCUGUUAUCAAGAUGCACAUACAAAAGAUGUUUGUUAUAAUUGCCUUCAACGAGUCUCUGCUGGCCAGGGCUGUUGGGCUGUUAGCUUUUGUGCCAGUGAUUGGACCCAAACUAGAACAGCCAUUCAAGACAUUUUUGGAAAAACAGAAGCAGAAGUUCCAUAGAAAGCCUGGUGUGGGGGCAACAACUCAGGAUGAGAAGAAUAUUCUCGCCUGGAUAUUCGAGAAACUAAUUCUCCUGAUGAUAAUCUACUUCGUCCUGAGCAUUGUCAAUUCGUUUGCCCAGAGCUACCAUAAGAGAAUACACAAGAAUGCACGAGAGAAGAAGCUGGCGCAGGACUGAUCGGGGGCUACAACCUAUUGUUAUGAGUGUGUGAUCCAAGGUGAACUUGUCAAUUACUACAUUCUCUAAAUGUCUCUGGCAGAAGAGGCAUUUCAGUGUCAUCACCUGAAAUUUGGUUUAGUUUAGGAUAGUGUAGGUCUUUGGAUGACAGGUAGGUUAGCGUAGGGCUGUUUUGAAUAAUACUGACAAGAUCAAUUUUUUUGAGUAACCAGGAAUCACAUGGGAUGAUGGAGUUCAAAUGUCAUUUCUUCUGCAUCAAAAUAUAUAAAUAUAUAAUUUUGUUUGAACUCUUAUUAAAGUUUAAUCUAUCUUGAUAAGAAUUUGUUGUAAUUAUUAGUUAAAUCAGUUUAGCUUUGUUGAAACUGUUGCCAAGAUUUUUUGUUACAAAAGUAUCCUUUCCCACUACUUUAUACCCUCCAUGUACUACUGUAUUAUUCUGUUAUCAUAGUGAAGUAUUCAGACAAUAUUUUUUUGCAAGGUUUUCAAAAUGCAGUAUUUGUUUUUUCUUAAAUUUCACAUGAUGCAAAAAUAGGAUUGAAUGCUGCAGUGCAGUAUUGGGAAAUGUAAGUGUAUAAAUGUCACUAGACUACGUUGUGUUAUUUUCUGAAAACACUCAGGUUGUUGGCCCCCUUGUCACUGCUGUUCUUUUGUUGAAGUGUUUUGUGGGCCUAGGAGGGGUUUCUCUCCUUGCUGGAGUAAGAUAUGUGAGAGUUGAGAGCUUUGUCGUAAAAGCAGUGGAAACGGUUUUUGCUUUAAAUGUAGCAAAUUACUCUGCUAUGUUUCAUGGAUUUUGCCAACUUGAAACAUCUUGAAAGACUGAUAUCAUGCAAUAUUAAUGUAGUUUGGAUAGAUGAACUUUAAUUUUUCUUUUAGAGGAGUGGAAAUGGUUUAUGAAGUAGGUUUUGCAUUGUUACAGAAAAGACAAAGAAUGAUCUCGUAGAAGAACUGAAUGAGUGGUUUAACAGAAAAGUAAAUUAUUGUGACCAUUCCCUAAUUAUUACCAUUGAUAGGAACGAACUGCAUGAACUUCAGGCAAUUAGAUGACUUUUGCUGUACUGCAUGACUGGCCUCCCUCUUGGUCAUACAGCCUGUUAUAUUCACUCAGAGAGAGCAUGGCCAAGCAUUAUCUUUAUGGUCCACUACAUAACUAUUGGACUGCUGUAAGAGCCUCCUGUACAAAUAUUUCUUAGAAUUACGGGGUGUCUGGAAAAAUAAAAUAUUCAUAAUUGCUGCUCAUAUUUUGUUUUUACCAUCUAGUCCAUUGGCUGAUUGCCUGCAGAUGUGCCACCAGUAUAUUUAUACCACUGAAUGCUCACAUGAUAAUUUACUGUUUACUAUACUUGUUCCACUCAAAUUUUAUGUAUUUAUUGAAUUUUUUUACUGUAUCAGUCUGCCAGGCAUUGUAUAGCGUACAUCAAGUGCCCACCUACUGAUGGUACAUGGUAUAAGCAGUUGCUGAAGAAAACUAGAGUUUACCGUCAUACCCAAGAGUAUCUUAACUUUGCCUGGAACUUACGUCCCAUUUAAAAGUACAGGUAGUCCCUGGUUAUCGGCAGGAUACCGAUAAGCGAAAACCGCCAUUAACCAAAACUACAAUUUAUUGCACUUAUGGCCCCAAUAACCGGUAACCGGUCAAUGGCGCCUCUGUUAGGUAUGUUAUGACACCAUAACUGUAUUAUAACCAAAACUCAGCGCGUUAUGACACCAUAAAUCACAGAUUUUAUGGCGCUAGACAAGCCCCAUUAACAGAUUCCGCCGAUAGCCGGUGACUGCCUGUAAAUGUUUUUGAUAAUGGCUUUCAUCAUUUUUAUAGUACUCUAACAAAAUUCAUAUUAACUGCAGCUAAAAAUUAUAAAUUGAAACCAAAGGAUGGCCUGCUCUCAAGUCUACAAAAUUCCUUUGGGUUAAAUGGCACCUAAACAUCUAUUACCUAGUGAAAAAGGGUGCUAAGGAUUACUUUUGAUGAUUGGUUCUUAUAGAUACAUCAGUCCUAUGUUUAAAUACUGUAUUGUCACAUGUGCCUAUUUCUACCAAUUCUUUUUGUAUCGGAACAAGUGUGAGUGUGAGGGAGUGUAGUAGUAUUCCACGAAAGGGAUCUCAAUGAACUUGUGGCUGAAGUACAAGAAAAGUGAAGAGAGAACUAAGCCAUGAUAUCCAAUGAAUCUGGAGAGUGCUUAGCAGUGUAUUUUUGUAUUCAUGUCUUGUCAUGUGAUUGUUAAACCUGUGAAUUUAAACAGUGUUAACCCAGAUUGGUUAAACUUGCCAUGUUGUUUGUUGUACUGUAUCAGUAAUGCCUAAUUAUGCAUGGGGCCUCAUGCAAGAGUAUAGGUUUAUGUAGUGCAUCAAGACAAGAAGUGAGUGUCAUCAGUCAGUGCUUGUGGUUGCAGUGGAGACGUCUGCCAGCAUCACUUGUGACUUUUUUGAGUGUCGUGUGGCUUGGAUCUCUUUUCCUUUUUUGUAUCACUUUGUUAAAUCACUUCUGAUUUCACCGAACGAAACAUCUUGAGAUGAUGUGAUGCCCCUUAGUGCAAAAAUAUCCCAUACUUACCUCUAGAAACUUUUUGUGGGAUUGUAACGUAGGUUCAGAGAGGUUCACGACUGGGGGAGUCAUUAGAUAGAUGUGUGAAGUUUUGAGGUUACUGUGCAGAAACCUCUGUGUUUUGGCCUCGAUGUUACAGAAAUCGCCCAGUUGCUUGUACAAUAUUGCAACCAUUACAGGAGUUGAAGAUUAUGCAUCAUGUGCUCAAGCUCACCUUAGUAUAAAUAAUGAGUCAGUAAUGGAAAUUUAAGUGGGGUCAGUGGUUAAUUGUGUAUAUUGUGUACAUGUGUAGAUGAACUGUUUUUAGUACUGUAUACAUAAAGUUAUGUAUUUUUUCAGCACGUGCACUGAUUAGUAAUGAAUUUUUCUUUUGUAAGUUAUAAUUUAUUGAAGAUGAUACAAGCUUCAUAUUCGUUUUCUAAAUUGAAUAACAGAUUUAUACAAAAAGAGUAGUCUGUAUAUAUAGUAAUACAAUUAUAUAAAGC